CGUCUCCACAUACACAUACGUUAUAUUUAGUCUCCCCGGCCUCCAUUGCCAGUCAUGUGCAAGCAUAUUCUGAACGCCCAGGUGUCGAUUCGUGCCCCGUGCUGCAAAAAGUGGUUCGACUGUCCCGAAUGCCACGCCGAGCAGACCGACCACUCUCUGAAGCAGUCGGACGAGAUGGUAUUCAUCUGCAAAAAGUGCAAAAAGGCGUUCCGCAAGGACGUGCGCGACUAUGAGCCUGAAGACGAGUACUGCCCGCACUGCGACAACCACUACGUGAUCGACGCCAAGACGCCGCGCGCUGCACUGGGUGUCGAGGGCGAGGAUGCUCGUAUGGACAACCGCUUUGUCAAGGACGACCGUGUCAAGGGAUAUGAGAAGAAGUCCAUAUACGCCCAGGACAACCUGGACGAGCGUCUCGGUUAAAACAUUCUGAUUAGACAUGGGGA